CUAACAGAAUUCUUCUUUGGAGUCAUUGUGUUCGUUUGGCGGCUGGCGAGAGAUCAUGGCGAUGGUUGAGAAUGAAGCAGCCGGUGAUCGUAAGGAGGUCAAGUCACCGUGGAAGACUCCGGUGAUUGACUCUCAGAAAGUGGCUGAUGCUCAUGUUAUGGGGACCGAAUCUUGGCCUGACCUUGGUGGGACCCAACAAAUUCCCGACAACCCUUCCGUCGUUGCUGAUGAGUCUGCUCGAGUUCCAUCAAUUGAGCAGGGAGCUGCUGGGCAGCAAAAACCAAAUGGGUCUGGAAACACCAAUGCUUCUCAUAGAUAUCCAUCAGCAAGGCAUCACAAGUUAGGCUCUAAGCGCAAUCCUAAUGCUGGACCUCGAUUUCCUGUACCCUCACCUUAUCAUGAACCAUCAAUGCCACCUGUUUUGCAUGCCAUGGCACCUCCACCACAUGUUACUGGGUAUGCUAACCACCAUGUCCCGGGACCUUAUCCUGGUGUAGAACUUCAGUUUGUAAAAUCUGGUUCUGAGGCAACAAAGCAUGCCUUUGGUCCCCCUGAACAAGGUAUUAAUGCCAGCAGAAAUAUGUGGCCUCCACGAGGAGAUUUUAAUGCAUAUCCUGCCAACUUCUCUAAUGGAAAGCCCAACAUGCAAGAAACUGGUGGGCAUUUUAAUCCUGGAUGGAAUCAUCAACGAACAUUUAAUCCUAGAGAACAUAAUACCAUGCAGCAGGGUAUUGGUCCUAGACCUUUUGUGAGACCUCCAUUCUUUGGCCCAGCUCCAGGGGUCGUAGUUGGUCCAAAUUUCCCUGGGUCUGUAUAUUAUGUUCCUAUUGCUCCCCCGGGCUCUGUAAGGGGACCUCAUCCUCCACCCUUUGUUCCAUACCCUAUGAAUCCAAGGGCUGCCAUGUUUCCUCCAGAGAUUGCAAUUUUGAGGACCAAUAUAGUGAAACAAAUCGAGUAUUAUUUCAGUGAUGAAAAUCUUAAAAAUGAUCGUUACUUGAUUUCGUUGAUGGAUGAUUUAGGUUGGGUUUCAAUAUCCAAAAUUGCAGAUUUUAAAAGGGUUAAGAGGAUGAGUACCAACAUACAACUCAUUCUUGAUGCACUACUGACUUCUUCUACUAUAGAAGUGCAGGGUGAUAAGAUACGGAGAUAUGAUGACUGGUCCAAGUGGCUUCCCGCUAAUUCGAAAACAAUAUUGUCAUCUAAUUUUCUGCCCACUAAUGACCAACUUGUAGAGAAUGUUACUGAUUCUGGUGGAAAUUGUGGUGUGAAAGAAGAUAAUUCAUGGAACACCUCCAAAGAAAAUGUUAGAUUUCCUUAGUAUGGUGGGAACUGGAACAAGAUUCAGAGGAAAAUCCUACAGAAAACAUGCAACUGCAAAGUUCUAUUCAGC